GAGGGGGAAAGCCCCGGAUGUUCGUUGGGGAUUUAACAUGGCGGCGGCAGUGGCCGCGGUGGCGGCGGCGCAAGAGAGCUGAGGGCUGUGUGAGGGUCCAGAAUUCCGGGUCGAGCAGCUAGGCCGCGAGCGACUGCAGCGCCGAGCCGAUGAGUCACUCGAGGCUCCAAGAGGAGACGUCACCUGCCCGAGGGCACUUCUAGCACAGCCAGCAUCAAACCAGGCCUGCUGAUAGGAGCCCAAGUCUGCGCCCUCGGGGUGCUGAGAGCCUCAGCACCAUGUUUGGGAAGAAGAAGAAGCGGGUUGAGAUCUCCGCGCCCUCUAACUUCGAGCACCGCGUGCACACGGGCUUCGACCAGCACGAGCAGAAGUUCACGGGGCUGCCCCGCCAGUGGCAGAGCCUGAUCGAGGAGUCGGCUCGCCGGCCCAAGCCCCUCGUGGACCCCGCCUGCAUCACCUCCAUCCAGCCCGGGGCCCACAAGACCAUCGUGCGGGGCAGCAAAGGUGCCAAGGAUGGGGCCCUCACGCUGCUGCUCGACGAGUUUGAGAACAUGUCGGUGACACGCUCCAACUCCCUGCGGAGAGACAGCCCACCGCCACCGGCCCGUGCCCGCCAGGAAAACGGGAUGCCCGCAGAGCCGGCCAGCUCGGCCAGAGGGGCCCCGGAGAAGGCGGGCAGCCAAGGCCGGGGCGCCGGUCACAGCGAGGCGGGUGGCAGAAGUGGUGACAGGCGGCGGGUGGGGCCAGAGAAGAGGCCCAAGUCUUCCAGGGAGGGCUCAGGGGGGCCCCAGGAGUCCUCCCGGGACAAACGCCCCCUCUCUGGGCCUGACGUCGGCACCCCCCAACCCGCCGGUCUGGCCGGUGGGGCCAAAGCGGCAGCUGGUCGGCCCUUUAACACGUACCCGAGGGCCGAUACGGACCACCCGGCCCGGGGUGCCCAGGGGGAGUCUCACAGCCUGGCCCCCAACGGGCCUUCGGCAGGGGGCCUGGCGGUCCCCCAGUCCUCCUCCCGGCCUCCCGCCCGAGCCCAUGGACCCCCCAGCCCGGGAGGGCUGGGCCCCCAUGCCUCUGAGCCCCAGCUGGCUCCUCCGGCCCGCCCCGUCGCUGCCCCCGCCCCCGCCGGGCCCCCGGCCCCCGGGCCUCCCGGGCCCCGCUCGCCACAGCGGGAGCCGCAGCGAGUGUCGCACGAGCAGUUCCGGGCUGCCUUGCAGCUGGUGGUGGACCCCGGCGACCCUCGCUCCUACCUGGACAACUUCAUCAAGAUCGGCGAGGGCUCCACGGGCAUCGUGUGCAUCGCUACAGUGCGCAGCUCAGGCAGGCUGGUGGCCGUCAAGAAGAUGGACCUGCGCAAGCAGCAGAGGCGCGAACUGCUCUUCAACGAGGUGGUGAUCAUGCGGGACUACCAGCACGAGAACGUGGUGGAGAUGUACAACAGCUACCUGGUCGGGGAUGAGCUCUGGGUGGUCAUGGAGUUCUUGGAGGGCGGCGCCCUCACCGACAUCGUCACUCACACCAGGAUGAACGAGGAGCAGAUUGCCGCCGUGUGCCUGGCCGUGCUGCAGGCCCUGUCUGUGCUCCACGCGCAGGGGGUCAUCCACCGUGACAUCAAGAGCGACUCCAUCCUGCUGACCCACGAUGGCAGGGUGAAGCUGUCGGACUUCGGGUUCUGUGCCCAGGUGAGCAAGGAGGUACCACGGAGGAAGUCACUGGUUGGCACGCCCUACUGGAUGGCCCCCGAGCUCAUCUCUCGCCUCCCCUAUGGGCCAGAGGUGGACAUCUGGUCUCUGGGGGUGAUGGUGAUUGAGAUGGUGGACGGGGAGCCCCCCUACUUCAACGAGCCACCCCUCAAAGCCAUGAAGAUGAUUCGGGACAACCUGCCACCCCGACUGAAAAACCUACAUAAGGUGUCACCCUCCCUGAAGGGCUUCCUGGACCGCCUGCUGGUGCGUGACCCUGCCCAGCGGGCCACGGCGGCUGAGCUGCUGAAGCACCCGUUCCUGGCCAAAGCGGGCCCGCCCGCCAGCAUCGUGCCCCUCAUGCGCCAGAACCGCACCAGAUGAGGCCCAGUGCCCUGUCCCUGAACCAAAGAGCCCCUUGGGUCACCCCUGCCCGCCACAGGCCAGUCGGGGGCCGGCCCCCACUCCUCCCUGCCUGGGAGACACUCCCUGUGGCGCCACCCUCCUUGCGGGGGGUGGGGGAGCGUGCAGGACCCUACUACUGAACUCCAGCUUUGAUUUUGUGACUUGUAAAAAAAAAAAAAAAACACAGGGACUUGUGGGAGCAAGUGAGGGUCCCCGGCCUCCCCAUCCUCCGGGACAGCCCCUUCCUGUGUCUUCCUGUCUUCCAGGAAGGACAGGCGGCCCCCUCAUCACUGGAAAUCAUCUGCAGUGGGGGCUGUUGUGGGUGGGGAACACUACAAAAGGCGUGUGUGCGCGUGUGCACACGCGUGCACGCGUGCGUGAGUGUGCACGCACGCCCGUGCCGAAGGUCCAGCUGCUCUGUCCUCCAGCCUGCGAGAGGGUGUCUCUGAGGCCUUGCCUGACACACAGCGCAGCCCCGCGGCCCCCCCGAGCCAUUGCGGGGGUCGAUCAUGAAUGUCUGAAGAGUGGCCUUUUUCCCAAGUCCCGCGUCCCCUCUCUGUGGCUCGCUGGGGAGAUGGGGGUCGGGGCUUCCCGACCAUCCCCAGCCUCUGCAGAUGACUACUGCACCUGGACAGCCUCCUCUUUUCUAGAAGUCUAUUUAUAUUGUCAUUUUAUAACACUCUGGCCCCUGUCCUGACCUGGGGACAGACGGGUCUCUGCCCCGCGGGGCGGCACCAGAGACAGAACCACUGCUCCAAGAAUCAGGUUCCCGGCCCCUCGGUGCGGCCCCACCCCUCCUCCCCUCCCUUCCCUCAAGUUAGUUUUGCAAUUAAAACGUUUUCUUGUUUUGUGUGU